AUGAGAGCGGUAUAUUGGCUGAUUACGUUCGCUGCGCUCGCGCUGGCUGCCGACCCAGUUACUACAACAGAAACUACACCAACUACACCGAUUACACCAAAUGCUGCUACAACGGCGACGGCACAAACAACACCACCAAACACGACCGGUACCACGGCCACGACACCCAUAGCUGCCGUUACCGGAACUACAGGAACUACAGGAACGACCGCCAUCCCCGCUAACGCGGCUACUACGGCAACACCAACUACCGGCACAAUCGCAACUACAGGAAUCACUGGUACUGGUACCACUGGAACCACCACUACUCCAGCCAAUGCAGCAACUACAGCUACGACGCCCACGACGCCAGCCAAUGCAGCUACUACAGCGAUUCCAACAACAGGAACUACAGCAACAACGGGAACAACAGGGACGGGCACCAAGGGAACAGGAACUACGACUACUCCAGGAGCAGCGGCUGCCGCAACGACUCCAACCACCUCUGCGCUGACAUCUGCGUCUAGCAACAGUGAUGUCACUUCUACAGAGACGGGCUCAACAACCGUCUCUCCUACUAUUGCAUGGCGUACAACUACCGAGGCUGGCGUUGCCAAAACAUUUUCGAUCACUUUCACGCAGAGUUUCUACUCCUUGUAUUCUACUGUUGGGUCAUGGUCAACCGGUUCUGUUGGUCUGGGGAGCUUAGCUACUUCUGGACAGACUGUGGGCACUAUCAAGCAAUACCGCAUUGUUACUGUCUCAUCGUCAGCAACCAAGUGA